AUGGGUAUCCCGCUUGACUACACUCCUCCUGCAUCUCGCGCGCGUCCUAGUGCCGGGUCGGGUGUCCGCGUCUCUGCAGAGGCUGGUUCUAAACCGCCAACCGACCCAACUGCACCUGCUCGCUCCUCCAUUCGACGCAGCCCGCACCCGCAGUCCAGCAGAAGACUCAGCAGAUUGCAAACUGGUCGCCGCACUACCGCAGUCCGCGACCUGAGAAACCGACAUCUGAUCUUCGAUCCUGUCGCCCGGACUAUCGACCGAGAUCGCAGCAGUGACCGGGAGCUGCCACUCCCUCGCAUCGCCAGAAACCCGGUGGUAGACCAUACCACGGGCAGUCUAGACAGUGCGGAGGUGCCGGCAGGCCUCAGUCAUCGUGAGAUAGGCCGUCGGCUACUACGCGAUAGCGUCAACUAUGCCUCUCCCGGCCGACGCAUGAGGAUCCCGAGGGACCUGCAUGGCCAGGACAUACUCCCUCUGGCGGCCCCCAACUCUCUUCGAAACCGCCCGUCAUAUUCUCCCCGUUUUGCACCUGCCCAUCCCGAAGACGCCAGUCUUACUAACAUCGCAGAGGCCGAGGAUUCCUCUACCACGGAGGGAACCAUGGAUGCCAGUAUGCCUCUUCUGCGUCGCGUGGGACACCGCUCUGUAGCCACCGCACGGAACUCACCUUCAGCCAUACCUGCUCCCCCUUUCUCCCAGGCCGAAUCUGUCGUGUCUGCGGACGACGAAGUGCCCGAUGUAUCAGACACUUGGGCUAGACUGCUCAAUACCAUCCCUCUGGACAACAAUCUCCCUAGCGCAGACUCCUCUUUCACCUCCGCCACUGCGUCUGCCUCCGCUUCUGGCUCUGGUGGUUCGCGGUCGUCUACCGCAGCACCUACCACUCUCACUCCCAGUUCGUCUUUUGGCUCCUCUGUCUCUGCACGAAUGCAUAUAAUGUUUGACCCGUUACCUUCCUUCCCUGCAAACUGCGACUACAUCUCUGCCUCCGAGAACUCGGACACAGAGGCAGAAGACCACGACCUAGAACGGCAUCGGGCCUACAGGCGGCGAAGUCAGCCCCGAAGUCAAUCUCAGUCUCAAUCGCAGACGCCAACGCAGACACAGAACCCUGCACAACCCCAGUCCGAGAGCAACACGCCCACUGAUAGUUCUGCACCCACUGCUUCUUCCUUCACACUCGAGAAUGAAGCAGCGGGCCUACAACUACUCCAUGACACCCUCAACCUUCUAAGCAGACGGGAUGACAUCCCCGACGAAUGGUGGGCGACCGCCGGCCUGACACGCAUCAUUAAUCGCGAACUGAACCGUGAAUUAAGUCGUGAUCAAAACGCCGAGUGA